UGUCUGACCAGGCCUUCGUGACGCUGGCCACGAAUGACACCUAUUGCCAGGGAGCCCUGGUCCUGGGCCAGUCGCUGAGGGACCAGAGGGCCUCCAGGCAGCUGGUGGUGUUGGUCACUCCUCAGGUGUCCAGGCUGCUCAGGGCUGUUCUCUCGCGGGUAUUUGACGAGGUCGUCGAGGUCAAUCUGAUGGACAGCGCCGACCACGUCCACCUGGCCUUCCUGAAGAGGCCCGAGCUCGGGGUCACGCUCACCAAACUCNNNNGGUGGGGCGUGGCUACAGGUGUCCCCUGCUUGGAUUGACAGGUGCUGUGCAACAUCGACGAGCUGUUUGAGAGGAGCGAGUUUUCGGCCGCCCCGGACCCGGGCUGGCCCGAUUGCUUUAACAGCGGGGUGUUCGUCUUCCGGCCUUCCCUGCAGACACACUGCCUCUUGCUGCAGCAUGCCGCGGACCACGGCAGCUACGACGGGGCCGAUCAGGGCUUGCUCAACAGUUUCUUCAGCAGCUGGCCGACGGCCGACAUUCAGAAACACUUGCCCUUCGUCUACAACCUGAGCAGCAAUAUCGCCUACACCUACAGCCCGGCGUUCAGACAGUUCGGUUCGAGGGCGAAGGUGGUCCACUUUCUGGGCCCCACGAAGCCGUGGAGCUACAAGUACAACCCACAGACGGGCUCGGUGCUGGAGGAGGCCCCUGGGACGGCCCCCCAGCACCAGCUGAACUUCCUGAACCUGUGGUGGAACAUCUACCACCACAGAGUCUUGCCCCUGUACGCACGCAUCCCGGACGAGCCACGGCAGGCGUCGCCCGGACACACGAAUUCUCUCCCUCGCGUUGAGGUGCCGUGUGCAAAUGCUGCACCUUGUGCGGAAGGGCCAUGGGCGAAUUCAGAGGCCACGGCGACCGGGGAACCUUUGGAGACGCCCACGGUAGUGAAUGAGACCCCACUUUCAUCCGAGGGAGCCCCUUCAGAGGACGUAAGUACCGGCACUCCACACAGAAAGACGACAGGUUGUCCUGAAAUCGAGACUCUGGCUGGAGCGAUGCCUGAGCCAAAUCCACCACCUUUUCCCCCACUGGCCGAAGUCGCAGAGCCCCGAACCGCCUCCGUGCAGCUCAUUGAAACACAGCCAGCGGACAAGACAGGAGGUGGCCGGUCGGAGGAAUCCGGGGAACAAAACCAGGAGACCCCUGUGAACGUCACCAGGGACCCCAGACCUGAGGAUGCGCUGGAGGUGGACCUGGCCAUGUCCAUUUCCGAGAUCUCCAUCAGCGAGAAGGUCAGGGCACUGAGCCCCCAGGAACAGAGGAGGAAGUGGGAAGAGGGCCAUAUCGACUACAUGGGCAAGGACGCCUUUGCCCGCAUCCAGGAGAAGCUGGACCGGUUCCUGCAGUGACGCGGGGGUUCUGUCCGCCGUGUUCUGUUGGGCGGACGUCUCCUCUCGUGUCUGCCCAGAGGGCAACGCUGUUCAACUCCAUGCCUGUCUUCAUGGUUCACCUCCGUGCCUGUAUUUGUCAUUAUUGAUGGUCGACCAACCUGAGUGCCU